AAAAGGAAAAUGUAAACGAAGAGUAAAAUUUGGAACGAGUCGUUUUUUGUUCGUUACUGCUCUGUAGUUGAACGAAUUUUAUAUUUUAAAAGAAAAUUUUUGAAUUUUGAAAUAAAUUUUUUACAAGCAUAAAAAGUGCUGUGUAUAAUCUUAAUAACUUAAUAUAUUGAGGACGGAGAGAGGAGAAACUUAACAGUGCAAAACGCAGCAUUUAAAAUUUUUAAAAGUGAAUUAUUAUUUAAAUUAAAAAUAGUUUAAAUAAAAAUUGAAUUAAUAAGGAUAUAUACGAUACGAAUAUAUAUAUCCUUUCAUAAAAAAAAAUACAUUUUAAUUACCACCACCACUAAUACAAUUACAAACAUCGUCACCGCAGCUGCAGCGGCCAUCGCUUAUCAUCAUUGUUGGCAUCACCACUUUUGCUGACACAUCUGUCACUGCUGCCACAGCUGUCAAAAUGACAACUGGCAAGGAUAUCGCAUCGUUUUUCGAAAAUGGCACAACUGAACAAUUUGAAUAUUGUUUUAAACUAUAUCCGCAGGUGCUAAAAUUAAAAGCUGAAAAACGAAAUAAAAAGCCACAAGAACUCAUUCGCUUAGAUGAAUGGUAUCAAAAUGAACUGCCAAAACUUAUUAAAGCACGAGGGAAAGACGCACAUAUGGUUUAUGAUGAGCUAGUGCAAACCAUGAAAUGGAAACAGUCAAGAGGAAAGUUUUAUCCACAACUUUCUUAUCUAGUAAAGGUAAAUACGCCACGUGCAGUCAUGCAAGAAACUAAAAAAGCUUUUCGUAAAUUACCAAAUUUGGAGCAAGCUAUUACGGCAUUAUCAAACUUAAAAGGAGUAGGUACAACAAUGGCAUCAGCAUUACUUGCGGCAGCUUCUCCAGAUUCAGCACCUUUUAUGGCAGAUGAGUGUCUGAUGGCUAUACCUGAAAUCGAGGGCAUUGAUUAUACAACUAAGGAGUACCUCAAUUUUGUUCAACAUAUACAAGCAACAGUCGCACGUUUAAAUACAGAGGCUGGUAGCGAUACUGUAUGGUCACCACACCGUGUAGAAUUGGCCUUAUGGUCACACUAUGUGGCCAAUGACUUAAGUCCAGAAUUAUUAGAAGAAAUGCCGGGUCCUGGCGCUGGUGGUGGCGCUAAGGUAAACGGUACCACUGCCAAACCGAAGUCACCAAAAGAAUUAGAUGGUGGCGAAGACACAAACGAUGCUUAUGACGAAAGUUUAGUUGCAGGACGAGGCGAUAUAAAUAAUAUCGCAACUGAAUCUGAAACAGAUAAUGAAAAUACAAAUCCAACUGGAACUGUAUUACAAGAUGGUGAUUCCAAUUUUGUUUCUAAUGAUUCCAUUGAUGAGAAUACUACUCAAACGACAGCCACAACUUCAACUGAUGAUGGAACACCGUUGGCCUCAGACUCUGAAAGUAAUAUAGAGGCACCUUUAAAAACUAAUGCUACCACAGGUGUAACAGGAGCAGCUAUAGUAGCACCUCUUUUGCCAAAUGCCGUAAAAAAGAAUGGAAGUAAAAAUUUGGCAUUAGGAAAUGGUAACGGAACAGGUACAGGUGACAGUUUAGAUGGAGAAAACAGUAACUGUAUACGAUCUUCUGCUAAUGAAGAUGCUAGUGAAGAAGAUGAUGACGACGACCGCAUGGUUGAUGAAAGCAGCAACAGUAACAGUCUUGGACAUAAAUCCGUAACACCAAUAAUUAACCUCAACGACGGAACUACCAAUACUGAUAACGAUUCAACUUUAAGCAGCGCAGGCAUCAUACAAAAACGGUCACUGCAUUGCAGUAGUGACGGUAUCGACGAUGGUAACAGUCAACCGGAAAUGAAAAAAAUUCGAAGUGAAUAAAAGAGAGUGCGCCGAAAAGACACUUUAUACAAUGGAAGUUAAAUAUACAUUCAACUCUAAUAUUAAGUCAAAUUUAUAUACACACAUAACUUUGAGAGAAAAACAUGAAGAAAAAAUAUUUAAGUUAGAAAUAAUCCUUCAUCGAGAAAAAAUUAAAUCUUUUGCAUUAUAAAAUUAAACUUUCCAUUACCACACUCACAACUUAACAAGAUUAAAAAUUAGGUUAAAAAUAAAAGCGUAGAAAAGAGAACAAUACAAAAUAAUAUUAUAUAAAAUAGCUAUAACGAUAAGUAUAAUUAUAUAAAACUAAUAUACAAUAUAAAAAAAUUGCUAAAUAUUUUUACACAGAUACUAAGUAAAAAAAAAGAAAUAAAAAACUGCAAUUUAAUCCCUCUCCAGAAAAAUACUUCCACUUAACAGGAACACCAAUGCGAAUGCCUAUGCACUUAACUAACUCGUAAACGUUCCAACAAAUUUGUACUCAUUCAGAUCUGUUAUCCGAUACUCCCUGAAACAACAAGAAUCAUAAUUUGUUCUUAGUUUUAUUAACGGAUUUCUUAGGUUAAGCAUUUUAUUAUUACGUAAAUUAUAUAUAUGUGUUUUUUUA